AGGAAGAGGAGAGUGUGCGCGUCUUUGUGGCUCCCUCUGCAAUCGCAAUUCAGAUUGAGAGGAGGGGGGGGCGAGAGAGAAAUAUCUCUUCCCCCACGCAGAUAUUUGUGUUAUUGUAAAAACUGUUGGAAAUGCGAAGGUGUUUGGAGCGGAGUCGGGCUGCUGCUGCCGCUGCCGCCUGCUUGGCUGCCUGCGCGCAGGGGAAGAGGAGAGCGAGCGAGACAGCUCCUUAGUUGAAAGGGGGGCAGCGAAGGGAUCUCCGCGAAGCAAAGAUCCGAGCCGCCUGGGAGAUCUCGGAGCAGGUGGAUCGAGCGAAAGCAGGAUGGAUCCCGCGCCCUUCCCGGGGGGCGCCCACCUCAACCCCCUCCCGCCUGGCUCGCCGGGUCGAGCCCACCGCUCUCACCGCCCACUCUUUUUCUGCCUUUCCGGCGCCAGCCUGCUGAGCUUCACCAGCCCCCUUACCUACUCGCCCCCCCCGCCAGCGCUUCCCCCGGGAGACGGCCGUCCCUUUUGGGCUUCUUGCCAAGGGGCGGAGGAGGGGGGAGGCGGCUGCCCGGGCCCUGAUCUGCCCCCUCCCGCCACCUAACACCCCCCAGACCUUGCCUGCGUCUCAUCCUAAACCUGAUCGGCGAUGGUUUGGGAGAAAGGGACUCUCGAUCCCUCUUUUUUUUCCUGAUUGCUCCUCUUUUCUCCCCCUUCCCCGGCUAAAUUCUGCUUAAUUUCAUUUUGGCUGCGUGCUCCGUAGACGUAGCCCUGGCUAAGCAGUCGGAGCCGCGUGUGUGCUAGGAGUCUGUUUGAGGGUGGCUUUUCCCCCCUCUCCCUCUCUCUCUCUCUCUCUCUCCUUCCUCCUCUUUUCCUUCUUCUCCCCCUUCUUCUUGUUCUCUUGCAGGGUACAAUGUUAAAAAGCCACCGCUAGUCGCCCCCAGUGCUCCUACUCUCUAGGUCUUUUUUGUCUCUAGUGCAGAUUAAACGUCACGUCCGCACUUGAACUUGAAUUUUAUCCCAUUGUACGGAGGCAGACCCAGCCAUAGAGAGACAGAGCGCUCCCAGGGAACCAGGACUCCGCCAUCUUCACAUUGCAAUAUAUCUCCUUAGUAAUAGCCAGCACUAACCCAGAAGCACUGGGGGGCUUCCUUCCUAGCAAGACCCUGUGCCAAGCGAGGGGAGGAGGGGGGGUGAAGCCAGUGGCAAAGUGGUGCGAGCAAAGCAAAGCAAAAAAAUAUUAUACAACAACAAAAAACCAACCCAGUGGCACUUGAACUGGCAAAGAGGAGACACAGUUUGGGCUACCCCCUUUUUCUUUUUUGAAAAAAAAGAGACAAGAAAGCGAGAGAGAAAGAAUUCUAAUUAACCCAGCAAGGGUAAUUUUUUUCCUGCAUUUUUCUCUGCGUGUGGGGAAAUUCCAAUUUUUCUACUUUUGUGCGAGCGUGUGUGUAUGUAAUCCAUUUUUUUCUUUUUUAAAAAGAUUCGUCCUGGUGGAAGAAGUGCACUUUGCUUCUCUCCCCCCCCCUUCUGCUCUCUUGUUUUUCUUUUUCUCCCCCCCCCCGCCUCCAAAGCACUCUGGAAAAAUUAAAAAAAAAAGUGUCAGCGCUUGGUGAGGGGGGGUGGGAAACCAUCCUUCGCUCCUGAAGUUCAAGAAAAGACCUGGAAGCGGUGAAAAGGAAAAAAAACCAACCAACCAAACAAAACAGUUGUCUUGCGAAAACAAAAACCGAGGCUUCCCCACUCUUCGAUGAUGAUUUUUUAAUUGAAGGAAGAAUCUCAUCUUGAGUGCUCCAAAGGGGGGGUGGAACUGUUCCCCCUCUUCUUCUUCUUUUUUUUAAGAAGAAAAGUACCAAGAAGAAAAUAGAAGACCGGGAGGAAGAAGAAGAUCGCUCCCCACCACCACCACCUCCAACCCGAUCCCCCCCUACCCAAGUCCAGCUCUCCGGGCGAUGACCGUGUAAAUGCCAGGGCAAUGUCCCGUCGCAAGCAGGGGAACCCGCAGCACUUAUCACAAAGGGAAAUUAUCACGCCAGAGGCUGACCAUGUGGAAACCGCCAUUGCCCACGAGGAUGAGACCCUAGCGAUAGGAGAUCCGGUUGGGCUCGGCCUUGCGACGGGUGGAGCAGACCCUGACCUAUUAACCUGUGGACAGUGUCAGAUGAACUUCCCCCUGGGAGACAUCUUGGUUUUUAUAGAGCACAAGAGGAAGCAGUGCAAUGGCAUUGGUGGUUCCUGCUACGAGAAGAACCUGGAUAAGAGCAGCCCUCCCCCAUCAUCACGCUCCGAGCUCAGGAAAGUGUCAGAGCCGGUGGAAAUCGGGAUCCAAGUCACGCCCGACGAAGAAGACCGUCUUCUCACGCCUAAAGGAAUUUGCCCCAAGCUGGAGAACGUUGCAGGGCCGUCCAGGCCUGCAAAGCUGCCGGCGGCCUCCAUAACUGCCUCCUCCCACCCUCACACAUCGGUGAUCGCAACACCACCUCUCCACCGUGCUCUGACCUCAUUCCCGCCCUGCCUGAGCCUGCCCUGCUGCGGGGAGCGCGCAGUCUCAGUUGGCGGGUCUCAGACUGAGACUGGCACAUUUGGAUGUCAUUGUCAGUUGUCAGGUAAAGAUGAGCCUUCAAGCUAUAUUUGCACAACAUGCAAGCACCCUUUUAACAGCGCUUGGUUCUUGCUUCAGCAUGCCCAGAACACACAUGGAUUCCGCAUCUACCUGGAAACAAGCCCUUCAAACAGCUCCCUUACUCCACGCAUCACCAUCCCUCCUCCUCUGGGACCCGAGACUGUUGCACAGUCCCCGCUGAUGAAUUUCCUUGGUGACAACAACCCUUUUAGUCUCUUGCGAAUGACAGGUCCCAUCCUGCGCGAUCACCCUGGCUUUGGCGAAGGCCGGCUCCCCAACACGCCUCCCCUCUUCAGCCCGCCGCCUCGCCAUCACCUGGAUCCGCAUCGCCUUAGUGCCGAAGAAAUGGGGUUAGUUGCCCAGCAUCCCAGUGCCUUUGACAGAGUCAUGCGUUUAAACCCCAUGGCAAUUGAGUCGCCAGCGAUGGAUUUCUCCAGAAGGCUUCGAGAACUGGCAGGGAACAACUCCACCCCUCCGCCAGUUUCUCCCAACCGCAACAACCCUAUGCAUCGCUUGUUGAAUCCUUUCCAGCCAAGCCCUAAAUCUCCUUUUUUGAGCACCCCGCCAUUGCCGCCGAUGCCCCCAAGCAGCACUACGCCUCCCCAGCCUCAGGCUAAGAGCAAGUCCUGUGAAUUUUGCGGGAAAACGUUCAAGUUCCAGAGCAAUCUCAUCGUCCACCGGCGCAGCCACACAGGAGAGAAGCCCUACAAAUGCCAGCUCUGCGACCAUGCCUGUUCUCAAGCUAGCAAGCUAAAACGCCAUAUGAAAACGCAUAUGCACAAAGCUGGGUCCAUGACAGGGAGGUCGGAUGACGGAUUGUCCGCCACAAGCUCCCCUGAGCCCGGCACAAGUGAGCUCACUGGGGAGGGACUAAAGUCUAGUGAGGCAGACUUCAGGAACGAGAGCGAUCCUUCUCUAGGCCACGACAAUGAAGAAGAGGAAGAAGAGGAGGAGGAGGAAGAAGAGCUGGAAAACGAAAGUAGGCCCGAGUCCAGCUUCAGCAUGGACUCGGAGCUGAGCCGUAACCGAGAGAACGGUUCCAAAUCGCUGCCUGAUGAAAAAUCCCUCGUCCUAGGGAAAGUGAUAGAGAAUGUUAGCCUUGGUACCAUCCAGCAAUACAGCGACAUGUUGGCUGAGAAGCAGAAAAGGAGCGGCUUCAUGAAGAGGUCCUCUGACCAGCGAGACCUCUGCCCCCGAGACCUUUGCCAGAGAGACACCGGCGACGAAGACUCGGUAGCUGGAGAACUUGACCGUACUGAGGAGGGGACAGUCAACGGGAGGAACUUUGGUCCCGGAGAGCCUUUCCCCGGCCUGUUCCCUCGCAAGCCCACCCCCAUCACAAGCCCCAGUUUAAACAACUCCUCGAAAAGGAUAAAGAUAGAGAAAGAUUUGGACUUGCCACCAGCAACAAUAAUACCUUCUGAAAAUGUUUACUCGCAGUGGCUGGUGGGGUACGCAGCGUCGAGGCACUUCAUGAAAGAUCCAUUUCUUGGGUUCACAGACUCCCGACAAUCCCCCUUCGCCACCUCUUCUGAGCAUUCCUCCGAGAACGGAAGCCUGCGUUUCUCCACCCCUCCAGGGGAUAUGCUGGACGGCGGUCUCUCAGGGCGCAGCGGGACGGCGAGCGGAGGCAGCACGCCCCACAUCAGCGGACCUGGCCCCGGCCGACCCAGUUCCAAGGAAGGACGGCGGAGCGACACGUGCGAGUACUGUGGCAAGGUCUUUAAGAACUGCAGUAACUUAACGGUGCAUCGGCGGAGCCACACGGGAGAGCGGCCUUACAAAUGUGAGCUCUGCAACUAUGCAUGCGCCCAGAGCAGUAAGCUGACGCGUCAUAUGAAAACACAUGGCCAGAUAGGGAAGGAGGUCUACCGCUGCGACAUUUGUCAGAUGCCCUUCAGUGUUUACAGCACCCUGGAGAAACACAUGAAAAAGUGGCAUGGCGAACACUUGCUGACAAAUGAUGUCAAAAUUGAGCAGGCAGAAAGAAGCUAAGGCCCCCGCUGGGUUUAAAAAAAAAUAAAAUCAGGGGUCUAGGUAACAUUUAAAUUGUACAGUUUUAACUAUUGCCAACUGAGAAAAGCUGACCUAACUUGCCUCCAUAUACAUAAUUUAGCAUAACUAUGGCAGGUGCCAGAAUUUGGCACUUAAAUAUAACCUGUGUCUACAAAGUUCUAUUAAACCUGAGGAUUGGUUAAGGCAGUAAAAAUUGUGAAGCCUUUUAACUGUGCAAUAAUUUCUGUAUUUAUUGGGUUAUUUUGUAUUUUUUAAAUUUUUUUUGGCAUGUGCAGGUAUUUUUUUUAAUACUUUCCCCUCCUGUUUUAGAUUUCCUUUAAAAUUUUGUUGAGUAUCCCAUUCUAAUUUUCCCCACUAGUAACCUGAGAUUAUUUGCAUUACAGGGGGAGAUACAUAUCAAUUUAAAUUAUAAUUUUAUAGGGCCGCUGCUUUGUUGAAUCUUAUGCUAAGCAUGUGUAAUUUCUUGUGAAGAAGCCAGCAUUUUAAAUAAUAAUUUUCUUCUCUCUCUUAUUAUUAUUUUUUAGCCCCCCUCCACUUUUCUUUGAGAAAGAAAGAAAAAGGAAAUCAUUUGAAAAUUAGGAAAUAUAAAAUAGUACCGCGGAUAACAAUCUUAAAAAUUGUAGCACUUUCUUUUGGAUUUGGAUCUAAUAUGUAGCACUGGUGAUGCCACUAAAAAUAGAGGCCUUUACAUUUUUUUUGUAAAAAAAAUAAAAUCCCAGACUUCCACAGUAGAAGUUAUGAAAGCUAAAAAGAAAUAGGCAAAUUUGUUCCCACCCCCCUUAAAGGCAGCUAUAUUUAUAAGAGCAAUAGCAAGAGUUGUGCAUUAUUAGUAUGGAAUUCGUUCCGUUUACUAAUGACUUACUUUCACCUUUCUGCCAUCGUCUUUAACUUCAUUACAUAAAGGGAAUGCAAGAGCCCUGACAGCUAGCAGCAUGUGCAAAUUUUAGAAAGCAUGGAGAAAGAAAAGGAACCUUGCUUGUCGCCCCCCUCCCCGCCCCAUGUCACUUGCUAUUCUGGCCUUAAACUUUACGCACACAAUAAUUGAAGUUAUCACUUGACGACCUGAAUACAUGAUAAUGGCUGCAACGGACCAUUCUGUAGCAAAUACACCAGUGCCCCCUUUUGGGGAACCGAGUUUGCAGUCCUAACCCCAUAUUAGCUGGGAGUAAGCCCCACUGAACUCAGCAGGACCUACUUCUGUGUAGACACAGUUAGGAUUGCACUUACUGCAAACGUGGUUUUGUACCGAACCUCAGUUUGUGUAGUAAGUGCACAUGUGUGGGCAUGUGUGUGAACGCAGGGACAUGAGCGCGCACACACUAUGGCUAAAGUAAUUGUUUUGAUUAGGACUGGUGAAUCAAAUUACGGUACCCGAUGAAUCACAUGAAACCUGCAUGCUUCUUCAUAUGGCUAAAACAGUUGCUCUGAAGAAGAAAGCCCAUAAUUUUUUUUGGGUGGUACAUAGAUGCAUCACAGUAGGUGCCCACUAGAAGUGGCAUUCCCUCCUCUGUAUGCUUUGCAUGCAAAAGGUUCCAGGUUCAAUCCCUGGUGUCUCCAGAGAGGGCUGGUCUGAAGCCUUGGAGAGCUGUUGUCAAUCAUUAUAGACCAUGCUGAGCUCAAGGGACGACAUCUUCUAAGAAGGGCAGCCUUUCCCCCCUUUUCCUAUUUAGAAGUGCUCUCCACUGCUUUUUUCCUGGUCACAACCAUAGGAACACUUACCUGGGAGUAAGCCUCAUUGAAGGCAGUGACUUAUUCCUGAAUUAGACCUGCACUGCGCAUAUAUUAAAGAGGGUGAUUUAAUCUAACCAAUUCAUUGAUUAAAGGUUGACAUAUUGUCAUAUGAUCAGUUUUCUCAGGGUGUAUUAUCUAUCACAUCAGGCAAUUACCCGUCACAUUAGGCAAUUAUACAACAAUGGGAGAUGUUAAUCCUUGUUGACACACAUUAAGCAGGGCACAUAAACUUGCAUAAGAACUUUUGCUGUGUGAACUUGAAAGAGCCCCAGUUUACUCCCAACAGCCUUUGGUAAGGAAGAGUAACAACAUUUUAACCCUUGCGUCCUUCCUUGUCUCCCUCUGUUGGAUGCCGACUGCUUAGCUAGCGAACAAAAUAAUAAACUUUUAUCAAGCUGACCCCUACGGAGAGUUCCGGCCAUAUUUUGUCUGUUGUAGCAAAACAACUCAGAUUCUUGUGCCACCAUAAAUGUAAGAUAUAUGUUUGGCUUCAAGGUGCUACAAGACUCAAGUUUCUACAUCAACAGGAUAUAUAGAAACCCAGUUUAAAAUAAUGAUGUCGGGUCCAAAUUCCCACCACAAGGCAGGACCAGCCACACAUAAGCCCAUCCCAAGCAACCCAUAAAAUCCACACCCCAGUGCCCCAUUAAGCAGUAAGUAAAUGGAAGUGAUUCUUGAAGAGCAGAUAGCUCUAGAUGACUCAGCUAAGUGACCCUAGGCUUGUUGGUCAUUGGAACCUGAUGGGAACUCCUUCCCUACUCCAGAUACCAGGUAUUUUAGCCCCCAGGGCUACGAUGUUCCUGAAAAAAGAUCCCAGCACCAUGGCAACACCCAACUCCCAAUAUUUAUUUGAGCAACUCGUGGGUUUACAUUACAUUUACCUUACUCAUGUCCCAUGUUUUUAUUUUAUUACUUAUUGAAUUGAUAUACCACCCUACACCCCCAGGUCUCAGGGUGGUUCACAGAAUAAAAUCAGAAUAUAAAACCACAAAGUACAUAA